GACAGCACAAAGGAGGCGGCCAUUUUAUUGCUUGCUGGUGAACGGGGGGUGAAGCCGUAGGUUUUCGCCCUAUUUAUCUUUGUUGAACAUUUUAGACAUUAUUUUUAUAAAUUUACGUUUUAACAUCGUACAAAAGCGUAUACGUAUUAGUGUAAGUUUGAGAGGUGUAUAUGUAUUGAGUGUGGUGAUACGGUGAGCGAUGGACGAUCCGAACAGGAUGAUGGCGCAUAGUGGCGGCAUGAUGGGCCCACAGGGGUACGGGCUGCCCGGUGGCGAGGGUGCGCCCGCCACAGGUGAGGGCGAGGCGCGCAAGCAAGACAUCGGCGAAAUCCUACAGCAAAUCAUGAACAUCACCGACCAGAGCCUGGACGAGGCGCAGGCCAGGAAGCACACGCUCAACUGUCACAGGAUGAAACCUGCGCUAUUUUCGGUUUUGUGCGAAAUCAAAGAGAAAACAGUCCUGUCCCUCCGGAAUACGCAAGAGGAGGAGCCCCCAGAUCCUCAGCUGAUGCGGCUGGACAACAUGUUGAUUGCGGAGGGGGUGGCAGGGCCGGAGAAGGGUGGAGGCGCGGGAGCCGCUGCCUCAGCCUCUGCAGCGGCUGGUGAAUGGGAUAACGCGAUCGAGCACUCGGACUACCGCGCGAAGCUGGCCCAGAUCCGUCAGAUCUACCACCAGGAGCUGGACAAAUAUGAGAACGCGUGCAACGAGUUCACCACUCAUGUCAUGAACCUGCUGAGAGAGCAAAGCCGUACCAGACCUAUUACGCCUAAGGAAAUCGAGCGCAUGGUGCAGAUCAUCCACAAGAAGUUUAGCUCCAUCCAGAUGCAGCUGAAGCAAUCCACCUGCGAGGCGGUCAUGAUACUGCGCUCGCGCUUCCUCGACGCGCGACGCAAGCGGCGCAACUUUACCAAGCAGGCCAUCGAGCUGCUCAACGAGUACUUCUACUCGCACCUCGCCAACCCCUACCCCAGUGAGGAGGUCAAAGAGGAACUCGCCAGGAAGUGUGGCAUUACCGUCUCGCAGGUGUCCAAUUGGUUCGGCAACAAGCGCAUCCGUUACAAGAAGAACAUUGGUAAGGCUCAGGAGGAGGCCAACUUGUACGCCGCUAAGAAAGCCGCUGCAGCGGGAGCGUCGCCAUACUCGAUGGGCGCGGCAUCCGGUGCAGCCACGCCGCUGAUGUCACCGGCGCCGGCGCAGGACUCCAUGGGUUACUCGCUGCCGGCACCCGGCUACGACCAACCGCAGCCAGGCUACGACGCCUCCAUGCCCUAUGACCCCAUGCACCAGGACCUGUCGCCCUAGUCGCCUUACACCACGCCCUACGCUACCGCAUACAGGUAAAGAGGGCAGUACGCGUAAUUGUGCAGCUUCCACAAAAUUGCCAUUUACAUUACAUUACUAUUAUAAAAUUAAGUAGCAGACUUACCUCGAUCGGUUCUUGGCGGCUCGACGGCUCGGCGGCUCGACUGCGCGACAGCUCGGCGACUCGCCACUAUUGCCUUAGGACAUACAACACAUUGUAUACUAUCGCGUGACGUUACAUAUUACUAGCGAUAUUUUUGGAGGUACAUGUAAUUGAAACGUAUUUAAUUUGUAUUAAUCGAUUUAUAUGACUGUCACCCAGUAUUUAUUUUAAUAUAUACAUUGAUUUCUGUGGUUUAUACAUCGCGGCAGCUGUUUUUAUAGUAUUAUAUUUUUAUCGCGAACCCCAGUGAUGUUUUAUAAAUUUUCUAAAGUAAUUAUUUGGGCAGUAUUAGUAAUUUUUAUGUACCACAUCGAUCGGCCGGGAUCUCGUUUGCGUUCACUAUUCUUACUCUAUGGUGGUUAUAAUUAUACGAUAGUACGUAAGUAGCCUAUAGUUUUAAUAUAUAAGUAUUCAGAUAUUUUGUGCUGAUUAGUGUCCUAUAUAAAUGCGUCCGUACAUUGUAUACUAUCGACUUUGAAACUGUGGUGUUUCCCGACUUUGUACCUAAAGUUUCGUAUCUAUCUUCAGUCCCUUGCACAAGUAUUGCACAUACUACAGUUUUGGGAUACGCUUGGAGUUCGCUCUAACAUUUUUUCUGUAAUUGUUACCAUGUAGAAUUUUCGAUGUCGUAACUCCUCCGUCCCUUAAUAUCUAUAUGAAAUUAUGGUUCUAUAAUUCUAGGAAACUUAUAGAUUUUACUUACGGGUUUUCUGGAAGAGGUUAAGAAGAGUCGCGUGUAGAUAUCGAGGUUUAUUAGUAUGCGAUUUCUUGGAAUUACUUGCAUUGUUUAAACAGGCAUUGAUUUUGUAUAAAUUAGGAUCAGCGCCGAUGGAACGCGACGAAGAAACUUAAUUUGCGGAUAAUAAAACUUCACGUUAUUUUCAUUUGUAUCAGACUGAUAUUAAUAUAUAGUGGUUUUGUCUAAGCGGCAUGAUUUCUUUUGUUUACUAUUACCAACUGUAUGUAUAUCAAAGGAAUAGAAUUCGAGCUCCGAUUAUAGUCGAAUUUCGUCUCUGAUACCACCUUGUCCAUCAGCGCUAAGCCCUAACAUAGUAUCGUCGGAGCGAACGCCGAGUGGUACAAUUAGCACUUGAUCUAAAUGAAGUAUUUCAAUCAUUUCGCCAGCGAGCAGUCGGGAAACAGUACACUGUCGAAGUCUGGAGCGAGGCGUGCAUGCGGACACGCGACUUGUGUGCAAUCUUAAUAUUUUUUAUCUAUGGUUGUGUUAUAUCUCGCACACGUUAACGUAUGUGAAAUGAAGCAUUUUACAUUUUUUUCUUCAAUAUUUAAAAGCAAUCAUGUAUUAUUUUGUUUAAAAAGCUAUCGGGAGUUGUGAAUAUCAGAACAAAAUAUAUUUUUACACGGUGCUAUAGUUGGAUAGCACUAUAUUAUUUCCUUAUUUUAGCAAUAAGUAAAUGUUGUUUUUGUUCGUCGUUCCGAUUCGUUCAGCCGGAUUACGCUAAGUUCCACGUAGAUAUAGUUUUGGAUAUGAACUUUGCUAGCGUUAAGUUGAUGUGUUCUAUAACAAGAUAUCUGAAACAGUAUACGAGAAAAAUAACGAAAAAUUUAAAUGAAAUAAAAAUUAUUAAAAUUCGCUGUGGAACAUUGAUAUAGCACCGCGCCGCCGCCCGCGGCCAUCCCGCCAAUUUGAAAAGUUGGAUUAUUUACGUAGAAAUGGAUGUAGUGACGACUCGCGACCGUGAGUCCACGCCCGGCGCGGCGGCGCGACCACAUGUAUACGACGACGAGUUCAAUGUUAUUGCGACCAUCAGAUUGACUAAAUACAUUUUUGUGUAGUUAUA